AUGAAUUACCACAGUGCACUCCCGCAUCAUGUGAAGGGGGGUGCUGCAUUUGUUCCUCACUGUGGUGGCGCUCUCGGGGGGCUCACGGAAAGCUACAUCGACCUUCGAAACUAUCCGCCGACGGCUACUGCGUCGCCAGUUAUAGUAGCAGGCGGAGGUCCGCCGCUCAGUCUCCAGCCACCCGCGGCUUUGAACAGCCGUGUUGACCUACGUUCGGCGCAGUCACCGAGUCUGCACCAUCCACCAGGCCAACAGUUGCAACAGAUUCACCAGCAACGACACUACGUAUUGCUUGAACCCGCGACUGCUCAGCUGCCGCAGCAACUUUAUCAAACAGUCGCGCCACCAACGUGUCAUGUGGUUGUCGGAGGCGCUCUGUCGGCACUCGGUGUCCCUUCGGGAGGUUCUAGCCAAGUAAUUCCUUCUGCUUGGUGGGGGCAAACCACCAGCGGGAUGGGGCCGAUACCUGUAGCGCAUCAACCGCACUACUUUGCAACUCCGAUAGCCGUACCAGCGUCAUUUCCCCCAAACUCCAGUGCGGCAACCAGUCAAAAUCUCGCCCAGCAUGCUCCUUCAAGUAGCACGAGUCAAAGUCACCCACAGCAAGUAUUAGCAGCACCAGCUGUUGUGCCUCAGCCUUCUGUCCUGCAGUCAGCACCAGCCUUGCCUCCACAGGAGUCCCUAGUGAAUCUCUUCGG